UGUUGCCAUGGCAUCAUAUGGCCAGAAAGAGGCUUCACAUACAGCUUGUGUUCUCUCCACAGAGCCCUCUGACGGGAGAUUGAGAGGCUGUGACGCAAAACAUGCAGUAUAUGAAUGCGGCCUACGGACUGCUGCUCAGAAAUCCGCUGCUGUGUAACAACCAUUGUCCACAUUUGUUUGCAUUGUCCACAUUUGACAUGGGCCAAUCACACACAGUCCUUUUGAAAUGGAGACUGGUUUUGGCCAACUUAAUGUGAUAACAUUUUUUGUUUUAUUUUUUUUCAACUUGUAAUUUUUAAAGGCAACAUUUUUUCCGGAACGAAACUGGGAUUUUCUCUCAUAUUAUGCACUUCAAUGGAUACCAAUGGUGGCACAGUAGUUAGCAUGCAACCUGAGGAACAAUCCUUUCAUGUUCGUUACAGGAUGGAGGUUUCCUGCCUGGAGUUGGCACUGGAGGGGGAGCGGCUCUGUAAAGUGGGCGACUACAGAGCGGGGGUCUCCUUCUUUGAAGCUGCCAUCCAGGUUGGUACAGAGGACCUACAGGUGCUCAGUGCCAUCUACAGCCAGCUGGGAAACGCCUACUUCCAUCUACAUGACUAUGCCAAAGCUCUGGAGUUUCACCGGCAUGAUCUCACGCUGACCAGAACAAUCGGUGACCUUAUUGGAGAAGCCAAAGCUAGUGGAAACCUUGGAAACACUUUGAAGGUUCUGGGGCGCUUUGAUGAGGCCAUAGUCUGCUGUCAGAGGCAUUUGGACAUAGCAAGGGACAUAAAUGACAAGGUUGGACAGGCAAGAGCUCUGUAUAACUUUGGCAAUGUCUACCAUGCCAAAGGCAAAAGUAUCUGUUGGAGUGGGGCUGAACCUGGUGAUUUUCCUGAAGAGGUUAUGGAAGCUCUUGGAAAAGCGGCAGAGUACUAUGAAGGUAACUUGGCCAUAGUGAAAGAGCUUGGAGAUCGGGCUGCUCAGGGUAGAACCUAUGGAAAUCUUGGAAACACACACUAUCUGUUGGGGAACUUCCGCAAAGCUGUUUCUUCUCAUGAACAGCGUCUGCUCAUAGCAAAAGAGUUUGGAGAUCGUUCAGCUGAGAGACGUGCUUAUUGUAAUUUAGGGAAUGCUUUUAUAUUUUUGGGGGAGUUUGAAGUGGCAGCUGAACAUUACAAGCGUACGCUGCAACUGGCAAGGCAGCUGAAGGACCGCGCUGUGGAGGCUCAAGCCUGCUACAGUUUGGGAAACACAUACACACUUCUGCAGGACUAUGAGAGGGCUAUAGACUACCACCUCAAACAUCUCAUCAUAGCUCAGGACCUUAAUGACAGGAUUGGAGAGGGCCGUGCGUGCUGGAGCUUGGGAAAUGCUCACACUGCUCUGGGAAACCAUGACCAGGCCAUGCACUUUGCAGAGAAACACCUGGAGAUAUGCAGAGAGACAGGGGACAGAAGUGGGGAACUGACGGCUCGUAUGAAUGUGUCUGAUCUCCAAAUGGUGCUGGGUCUCAGCUACAGUACAAAUAACUCAACUCUCUCUGACAACAAGGAUGCAGACUACAACUCACGCGGAGCCAGACCCAGAUUGAGUAGAAGACAUAGCAUGGAGAAUCUGGAGCUGAUGCCUCUCACCCCUGAUAAACCAAAUGGUCAGAAGUGGAAUAGUGAUAUCCUGACAAAACCAUCCAAGCAGUCUUUGGGAAAGGGCUCCUCCAAGUUAUUCUUUGUUAAUCGUCUGCGAGGGAAGAAGUACAAGUCCGGUGGCUCUAGUAAAAUCCUCCAAGAUACAAGCAACACACUGGAUACAAGUCAGGCUAAUGUGCAGGGACCACAGAAGCGUUCAAGCCCCGAGACAUUGGGAGAUGAGGGAUUCUUUGAUUUGCUGAGUCGCUUUCAGAGCAAUCGCAUGGAUGACCAGCGCUGCUCCAUACAGGAUAAGGGCAGCAGGCUAUCCCUGAGCAGUAGCCAAGACUCACCACCCAGAACCCUGAGAAAAUCAGUGUCCGAGUCUGCAAAUGUGUCCUCUGUUCGCGGUCGUCGGUUGGAGGAGUCUGCAGCUCCCGGUGGAAGUCUCCCAGGUUUGAGGUUGAAUCAAAACAGCAGCCAGGCUGUGCUUAGCCACUUAAUGGCCAAUGCGGACAACGCUGAACCUGAUGAUGACUUCUUUGACAUGCUUGUCAAGUGCCAGGGGUCUCGUUUGGAUGACCAGCGCUGUGCCCUGCCUGCCCCUCAAGUUCGUGGGCCAACUGUGCCAGAUGAGGACUUCUUCAGUCUCAUUAUGCGCUCUCAAGCUAAACGUAUGGAUGAACAGCGUGUAACCCUGCCUUUGUCAACCAACAUUACAAGACCUAGCUCCAAUUAAACAGCAAAGCACUAAGUCAAAGCACUACAUGGACAGCAAUAACUGGUGUCAAGACCAAACAAAGCAAAGUAUUAUCAGUUUUCGACUAUGUAUUAAGUACUUUUGUGUUGUAUUGAUGCUCAAAAAAUAUCAGGGAAAUUGUUUGGUCCAAUUUUCAUUUUGCCCUAUUUGUUUCUUUGUAUAUAUUGCACAUUAUCCCUUUUUAAAUGAUUCUGUCCACUGCCGCCCAACCACUCACUGUAGCCUCAGAAAUGCUAGCUGAGCUAAAGCGCUCUUAUGUAGCCAAGUGUGUGUGUGAACUUGUGUGGUCGUUUGAAAAGUGUUUUUAAAAAUAUAUUUUAAGUGUUUGUUUAAAAAAUGAAUCAUUAUAUGUACAUUCAAAUUACACUCUUUUGUACUAUGUAAUGAUUAAUGUCUGAGGAAUAAAGCCUCAUUUCGGUAAAAAAGAGCUCUUAACC